UUACCGCCCCGCAGCCGCCCCUCAGACUCCGGGUCGCCUCACCCACGGCGGCCUCCGGCUCCCGGAGCACUGCCGGGCCCCUGUGCUCGGCGACUCGACGCUGCCGAGAGCCCCGAGGCGUGCGUGACUCUGGUCUGCGGCCGCGAAGGGUGCGUGGCCCCGCAGCCGAGGCGCGGAAGGGGGACGCCCCGGCCUCGGGGGCCAGUGCACUGGUGCCCUCUUCGUUGUGAACGCCAGCAGCCCGGGAGGGCCCCGCGACUGGCGCGAUGAGUGCCAACGAGGACCAGGAGAUGGAUGCCGAAUCUUUUGAGGAUACAGCGUGCCAUCAGAAUUGUAUGCUUCGUGCGCACGUAUUUUCUCUUUAAAAUCCUGUUUUGACACGUUGGAGGGACGCGCCAGGUCACCUCUGGGGGCACCUGCUACCUUUGGGAUGGAUGGAACUAGAAGCUUUACGUUCUAUUUAUGAAGGAGAUGAAAGUUUCCGGGAAUUAAGUCCAGUUUCAUUUCAAUACAGGAUAGGUGAAAAUGGUGAUCCCAAAGCUUUCUUAAUAGAGAUUUCCUGGACAGAAACCUAUCCCCAGACACCUCCAAUUAUAUCUAUGAAUGCUUUUUUUAACAACACCAUAUCAUCAGCUGUAAAGCAGAGUAUAUUAGCCAAGUUACAGGAAGCAGUAGAAGUUAAUCUUGGCACCGCCAUGACUUAUACAUUGUUUGAAUAUGCCAAGGACAAUAAAGAGCAGUUCAUGGAGAACCAUCAUCCCAUCAAUUCUGCAACAUCCAUAAGCAAUAUCAUCUCAGUUGAAACUCCUAAUACAGCCCCAUCAAGUAAGAAAAAAGAUAAAAAAGAACAACUUUCAAAGGCCCAGAAACGUAAGCUGGCAGAUAAAACAGACCACAAAGGGGAACUCCCUCGGGGCUGGAACUGGGUUGAUGUCGUGAAGAUUUGUGUUUUCCGUUUCCCCUGCCACGGUUGGGAUUCACCGGCACGUCUGCUUCCUCCUUCCCACUCAGCAUUUAAGCAAAACUGGCUCUAAAGAUGAUGAAUAACAACUUGGGAUUUGAGAAGCAAAAACAUCGUUUAGACAGAAAACUGGGUUGAAAAUCUUUCAUUACUAUUUUCUGGUAUUGAGGUGGCUUUUUAUAAAGCACAGGUUUUUUGUAAGUUUCUUACUUAAAAAAUGUUCUAAGUGGAAAGUUCAUGAAGAGAUCUGGUUGUAUUGUUUUCACAAACUUGCCUUAAUAAAAGGUGAAAAUGUUAAUUGUUAGUAUACUUUAUGAACUGUGUUGAGCUUUAUAACUGGUCAAUAGGGAAUAAUAAUCGUUGUUAAUUUAUAUGAUCUUACUCCAGUAGGUGUGAUAGUUUUGAAAGGCGAACAAAGCCUUUUUCAAACUCUCACCCCCAUACAGCGGAGCACUGAGUCCAGUUAUUCCAUAGUGUGCCCCGUAUUGCUGGGGUUCUAGAAUAAAGUCUUUAUCUCUGCUUGUGUUUAAUUACUGAAGCACACAUCGCCUCAGAGAAGUUUAAAUACCAAUAUUUGAAUUUUACACAAUGGGUACUCUUCGUAGUUCGUUUUUAUUUCUCAAGUGUGAUCCUUUAAUAAAUUAGUAUCUUUAUAUUUUAAUCUUGAUUUGUGUCACAAUAUUUGAUCAUGAGAGCUUUCAGUGAUAAAUGGAUUAGGAGAAUAUAAAAACAAAUCCGCCAAAUACAUUUGAAAGCAUUCGUGUAGUAAGUGUUAGCUCUUAUUUAAAAGAUUUCUCUUUGCGGCAUAUAUCAGGAUGAGAGUAAAAAAAAAAUGCCUUAAUGUUUAAUUUUUGUGUUGUUGGAGACAAUGAGCUCAAUAAAUUCUUAUUUAUCUAC